CCUCCUUUGGUGAGGUGAUGGUGGACGGAAAGCUUGACUUUCCACGUCUCGCUGCCAUCUCUUGCGCUGGUCCUUCCAGCAUUUAAUGGGCCUGCGAGCUCGCGCCUGUACCCCCAGCGUCGUCUACUCUAGCCCGACCGCUACGCUGGACAUAUCCUCUACGAGGGCACCAUGGGAUGCACAGAACCCGUCUCUGUUGAAGGUCAUCUCAGUGAUAACGACCUGGACAACACACCAGCUCAUGAUCACGCCACAGCCGACGCGCCAUGCUCUGGCGCGGACGAGUCGAUUCCAGUCGUCAUCGUAGAAGGCUUCCUCUGCGCAACCUCAAGUACCGUAUGGGGCGGGUUCGCCGACGAGAUGGAGCGGGGCAGUGCAGCUCAUCGGUCCUCGGUCCCUUCCUCCUCCAAAUCUCACUCGGGUCGCUCACGCCCACCACGUCAAGUAGUCUUCGCGCCCAUCGGCCCUGUCUCCUCUUUGCACGACCGAGCCUGUGAGCUCUUCUACGGCCUUAGGGGCGGUCGAGUAGACUACGGUGCCAAGCACGCCAGGGGUCAUGGGCAUGGAAGAUAUGGCAGGCGUUUCGAGAAGGCAGCAUUACCGCAGCUCUUUGAGCCGAGAAGGGCCAAGGAAAGAAGACGUCGCUCCGCCCACUUCAUCGGCCACUCUCUAGGCGGACCUACGAUCUACAAGCUCCAGCAGCUCCUCAGGCAAGGCUUCUUCGACUCGGCUCUACGGGAGUUGGAUCCCGAGUUCCAAGCUGGAACAGCGAGCGAUCUCAUCCUCUCGAUCACGACCAUCUCAUCUCCGUUGCGGGGCACUCCCAUUGUCCACUUGUUGGGCCUCGAGCCCCUCUCUUACCCAGUCGUGCGGCGGUGGAGCACGGGCGACUGGCUAGCAAAGGCAGUGCAUGUUGCCGCUUUCCUAGACAGAGAGAGAUUGCCGCUGCCCGGCUGGGUGAGGAGGAGAUUGCCAGAUACAUUUGCAGAUGCGUGGCAUUUCUCGCCGAGGCGGCGACCAGAGCUGGGCGAGGAACACGUCGAUGAGUGGUCAUGGCGCAAAGCUUUUGGGAUUGCGACUUUGUAUCGCCAAUUCUUGAAGAGCGACUGGGCAGAAGGAGUUGACUGCGGUCCUUGGGACUCGACGAUACACGAGAGGAUGCGCGUGGAGGAUGAGGAAGAGGCAUGGGGCAUUACAGGCGAUGCUGCCAAGGAGAGAACGUGGUACUGCUGCAUCGCCGCUGCCAUGACGGAGCGCGCCAGCACCUCCGAUGUCCUUGAGCACCAUACGCCACGCUCCUCUUCGUGGUUCACCGACUUACUCGCUGCCUCGCCGUUGGGUAUAUCUGCUCGACUGCUUGGCAGGUUUCCCUUCGUCUCAAUGACGCCGCCGCCAAGCUUCCUCACCAACGACAAGGAGCAUCAGACGGAGGAGAAAAAAGAGUCAGCAGAGUUACUGCUCGCUGAUUCAGGCUACAAUAGCCCGUACGUGCUCGACGCCGAUGGCGCAAUGACGAGCGUAGCCUCGCCACGACGCUGCUCCCUAACCGACUCGGAGUCAAGCUUGCCAACGACUUUGCCCUCAUUGGCAUCACUCCUGGCUGACUGUUCACCUCCAAGUUCGUCAUCGCAGUCUGCUGGCAAGCUCAGCUCCAUGUCCACGCUCGAGGCCUGGCAUGCCAACGACGGCAUCGUGCCCCUAGCAUCGCAGCUCCACCCACGGGAAUGCGUCGAAGGGCUGUGCACUCAUCACGAGUGGCACCAGGACAGUGUCGACGACGGCGACGAGGCUGGGCAAAGGGCAAGUGCGCAGCCCGCCCUUGUCGAUCGCCUCUUUGGCUCCAUUGUGACACCGUGGACGGCGUGGAUUCUCAGUGCUGGCGGUGACGCCGACAAGACGUCCACACCAGCGCCUCACGAGCAGUCGAUGUCUGCCUCUCCUGGAUGUACCGCUGCUGCGGGGCCCGCGCCCAAUCACUACCACACCCACUUGAUACCAAAUACCACCCACGCUUCGUUGGCCCCUCUGUGGACGGCGUCGCGGCAGCAAGUCGAGUUUUGGCGCUUCGUUGGAGGUUGGUUUGCGAGCGUCGAGGAGGCGGAGGAGACGUGGUCAUACAAAUAAGCAUGCCUGUCCACUGUUUUAUGUGCAAUAUCGAUGCCUCGCCUGACUCGGUGAUGACAAAGUAGA